AAGCCCCUGGCCGGUUACUAACCGCGCUUCCGUACCGCUGGCGCGGAGACGGGCGCGCUCCCGUCGCAAUUGGUUCUAGGAAUUCGCCGCUUUCUACCCCGCGUCCCAUCCUAGCCUUUGCCCACGGCACUGCCCCCUGCGUCCCGCUCCUCCUAGCCGACCCGGGGCUGGAGAGUAGAGCUUUUGUGGAGUUGUGGAAGCCACCUGUAAACCUAUUUACCGAACUUAAUGGAGAAGCCUUCAAACAAUGGAAGUCAUUCAGAAGAACUACUUUAUCAUUUUGAAAAUAACCCAGAGAAAGAAAAUAACCCAGGGCAUACCAGUGAAAGUCAUCUCGGCUGUCUAAAACAGGACAUCCUAAAUGAAAAAAAUGAAUUGGAAGCAACAUUUAAGGAAGCUGAGUUGGCAACCUGUUCUGUAGAAUUACUUUUGCCACUUUUUAAGGAAACCAUUGAAGAAAUUAAUUUUGAAAAUGCUAAUCUUUUUGUAUCCAAUUGGAAGAUUUCUAAACAGAAGGAAAUAUUGACAAAAGAACUAGACACUUUCACACGUGUAAAACAAGCUUUGGAACAUCUUCUUAGAAAGACAGACUACCAACAAUUAGGGGGUGGUUUAUUCAACAUGCUAGAGAAGCUAACUGAUAAUGAAAGUGAAAAUGCUGCAGGGGAUGGUUUAUCCAACAUGCUAGAGAAGCUAACAGAUAAUGAAAGUGAAAAUGCUAAUCUUAAGAAGAAGAUCCUUGAAAAGGAGACCUAUAUCCAAGAACUUUCUUGUCUGUUCCAGAAUGAAAAGGCAAAUGCUCUGAAAGCAAAUCGUUUUUCAAAGUCUGUGCAGAUGGUACAUGAACGGCUGCAGCUUCAAAUUCAAAAAAAGGAAGCAGAGAAUGCUAAGUUAAAAGAACACAUAAAGAGUUUAGAAAGCAAGAUAACUGAAUGGAACUUGCAAGUGAGAAAAAAUAAGCAUGAGGCUGUAGCAAUGAAAGAAUCAAGUAAGCAAAAAGCUAUAGCUCUAAAAAAGGCAUCUAAAAUUUAUAAACAAAGGCUUGAACAUUUUACUGGAGACAUGGAAAAUCUUACUUCCCAAAUUAGAGAUCAAGAAGCCAAGUUGUCUGAAACAAUUUCAGCAUCCAAUGCCUGGAAAAGUCAUUAUGAGAAAAUGGCAAUAGAAAAAACUGAAUUGGAAGUUCAGAUUGAAACAAUGAAAAAGCAAAUCACUAAUCUUUUGGAAGACUUGAGGAAAAUGGAAGAGCGUGGAAAAAAUUCAUGUGAAGAAAUUCUUAUAAAACUUCACUCAAUUGAAUAUGAAAAUGAAACUCUGAGUCUUGAGAAUUCAAAAUUGAAGACUACACUUGCUGCUUUGAAGGACGAGAUUAUUUCUGUUGAAAAUGAGCUAUUAGAAUUGCAAGAAGUAGAAAAACAACAGAAAGCCCUUAUUGAAGUGUAUAAAAUGCAGAUACAAAAGUUACAAGCAGCAGCUGAAAUUGUGAAAAGCGGAUGUGAAAAUUUGCUAUGUGAAAAUAAGCUAAUAACAAAAGACAAAAGUAAAAAAAUCGAGAAGAUGAGAGGCCAGAUGGAAUCUCAAAUGAAGGAGUUAGAGCAUGUCCGCGAUUCCUUGAUGGCGGCUGAGCAGAGGCUUCAGGAGUGUCAGGAGAGUCUGCAGCUUUGCCGGGGGAAAUGUAGAGACCAGGCGCACACCAUUAGGGAGCUUCAGGGCCAGGUUGAUGGGAAUCACAGCCUUAUGACAAAGCUUUCUCUGGAAGAGGAAAAUUAUCUUAUUCAGUUGAAGUGUGAAAACCUUAAACAAAAAUUAGAACAGAUGGAUGCAGAGAAUAAAGAACUUGAAAAGAAACUGGCAAACCAAGAAGAAUGUCUUAAGCACAGCAAUCUUAAGUUUAAAGAGAAAUCUGCAGAAUAUACAGCAUUGACCAGACAACUGGAAGCUGCUUUGGAAGAAGGAAGACAAAAGGUUUCUGAAGAAAUGGAGAAAAUGUCAUCUAGAGAUAGGGCUUUACAAAUUAAAAUAUUAGAUCUGGAGACUGAGCUUAGAAAGAGAAGUGAAGAACAAAAUCAACUUAUUAGCAAAAUGAAUAGUAAAGCACAACAUCAAGAAGUAUGUUUGAAAGAAAUGCAACAUAGUCUUGAAAAGUCUGAGAAUCAAAAUGAAAGUAUUAAAAAUUAUUUACAGUUUCUUAAAACUUCUUAUGUAACAAUGUUUGGGUAAAUUGUUGAUUUUGUUUUCUAUAAGCAAUAGUUUUUCACAAUGAGCCCCAAAAGAGAGUAGUAAAAUAAAUAAAAACCUGCUAUAUUUAUGAUUUGUGGGCAGUAGUAUUAGCAUUUUAUGUAAAGAAUUUUGUGACAUAAUUUAUUGUUCAGUUGAACUUUGAAAUAAAUAGAUGUUAGUAUUACUUUUGCUGGAUAAUUUUCACUUAACUGUGGCUUAAUUCCUUUUAAAGUUAUAUUGGUUUUCAGAUUAUUUUCAUACACACACACAUACACACACACACACACAAAACAGGCCAGAAUCAUUCUUUGUGACUAUCUGUAGCUACCACUCAAGUGAAUUUGUAAUAAAUCUAGGCUAAUUAUGAGCCAAAAACAUGAUUUUAAGUGAUGUAUGUAAUUGUUUUAUCUUAUGGUGCUAUAUAAAUAUAAUAAA